AAACAGUUGGGCAAAAUAAUAAUGUCAGAAGAAAGAGUAAGCUGUGAAGGAAGAACAUCUGUCAUAAAGUGUUACUGGAGGCACGAAAAUGUCAAAGAAGUGCAAAGACAAUUCAGAAGACACUUUGACAGGGAUCCACCAAGCCUCGCAGUCGAGGCCUCCUAAGUCUGCAGGUAUGGGAGUGGAAUGCCUUGUCCCCCUGAGACACAGGAGGGCAGAUCUGAGGAGGGAGAAUGAGAGACGGCACCUCAUCCAUGCGACGACAUGGCUCCUUGGCUGGUGCUUCUUUUCUGCCAUUAGGUCGGCUAGUCUUGAGUAGAAGCACUGAGCCUUGGAGCCCAUCCCGCCAGAUGUGGUGAAGACCAGAGGUGUGAAGCUGCCCUGGUCAACGUGUUGGAUUCUCUCCCCAUACGCUCGGAUCUUCUCCUGCUCAUUCUUGCGGUGGGCGGCCUCCAGGGAGAGUUCGUGGUGACUAUUAAUACUUUUACUACUACUACUACUACUACAACCACCACCAUUACUACUACUACUACUUCUAAUACUACUACUACUACUACCACCAUUACUACAACAACAACAACUACUACUACUCCUACUACUACUACUACUACUACUAGUACUACUACUACUACUACUACUACUACUACUACUACUACUACUACAACUAAUACUACUACUACUAGCAGCACCACCACCACUACUACCACUACCACUAGUAUCAGUGGCAGCAGUGCCUGUAUAAUAGUCAUCAGGUGUCACGGUGUGAUGAGAGGAAGCCUUAAAAAGGAAAACAAGUGUCUGUGUGGCAGCUUCGGCCUGACGCACUGAGGCAGAUUUGCAUCAACCACCAGCAGCAGCAGCAGCAGCAGCAGCAGCAGCAGCAUGGCAGUAGUAGCAGGAGUAGUGAAUGGUCACACGUAUGUGGUGACUACUUGGACUAUCAGGCCGCCAUUGUAGUGUGCUGGACUAUUGGUCAACAAUGAGCCGAGAAAGUUACGUGGUACAACUAUUUCGGCGAUAGUAGUGGCUGUUAAGAACGUGGCGAGGCGAAGGUUUACCCCGGCGGCCAUCUUUGUUUUGGGAAUGGUCUUGUUCUAUUGGAUGAACAGAACUGUGAGAUUUGCAUCAACCAUCACCAGCAGCAGUAGCAGCAGCAGCAUGGCAGUAGUAGCAGGAGUAGUGAAUGGUCACACGUAUGUGGUGACUACUUGGACUAUCAGGCCGCCCUUGUAGUGUGCUGGACUAUUGGUCAACAAUGAGCCGAGAAAGUUACUUAGUACAACAAUUUCGGCGAUAGUAGUGGCUGAGUUGCCGAUCCAAAGGCCUGGUUUAAGAGUGAUCCCGAGCUAUCUGUACCAUCAAGAUCAAGAUCGAGCGUCCAUAUCAGAUGGCGAGUCUGCUUACAAAAUUGCAUCGGAGGGACUGAUAGAGGCAGCCACAAUUAUCCAUCAUCAUCGGCGACACCAUGGCUCUUGAGAAGACAGACCUCGAUGACAGCGUGGUGAGCGAGGAGGGGGAGUCAACCAGCAGAGUAGGGGAGCAUGACCCCUACUUUGAACCAGUGGUGACCUUGCUGGAGGUCUUCGUGGUUAGUGAUGAUGACCAGGAGGAGGAAAUGAUAACACUGAGUUUCGAGGUCAGGCAGUACAAGCUGUUUCAUUAUCACACCUCUGAGUCGCCCCCACAGUGGAAGGAACGGGGCAUGGGGGCCAUUAACAUUCUGAGGAACAAGCAGAAGAAGGCUGUGGAGUUUGUUCAGCGGCAGAAUUAAUGCCAGUGGCUGAGUUCAGAUCCUCCAAGACACACACACACACACACAGCAGCCCCUCCACCUCCCCACAGCCCUCCACAGUCUCUGACACAGCCCCUGACACAGCAUCUGACACAGCCCCUUCACAGACCACCACAUAUCUCACACAUACAUAAGAACAUAAGAAAUAAGGGAAGCUGCAAGAAGCGACCAGGCUUACACGUGGCAGUCCCUGUAUGAAAUAUACCUACUUAUUUCCAUCUGUUAUCCCCAUCCAUAAACUUGUCUAAUCUUCUCUUAAAGCUCUCUAGUGUCCUAGCACUAACUACAUGAUUACUGAGUCCAUUCCAAUCAUCUAUCACUCUGAGAACCAAUUUUUUUCUUAUCUCCUUCCUAAACCUAAAUUUUUUAAGCUUGUACCCAUUAUUUCUUUUUCUACCCUGGUUGCUGAUCCUAAGAAUUUUGCCUACAUCCCCCUUAUGUCACUCAAAGACUUCUAUCAGGUCCCCUCUUAACCUACGUAUCUCUAAAGAAUGUAAAUUUAACAGCUUCAACCUCGCCUCGUAAGGAAUACUCCUCAUCCCCUGUAUCCUUUUAGUCAUUCUCCUCUGUACUGAUUCUAAUAGACCUAUAUCUUUCCUGUAAUGUGGGGACCAGAACUGCACAGCGUAGUCUAGAUGAGGUCUGACCAGCACCAAGUAUAACUUUAAUAUUACUUUGGGCCUUCUACUUUUAACACUCCUAAAAAUCACACACACCACAAGAGCCUCACAAACAGUCUCACAGCCUUCACAAGCAGCCCCACACUCCACCACAGACACACCAGACCCACAGCCCUUCACCUCACCCACUUCCCAGCCCCCCACAGCCCCCCAGCCACCACAAAUGAAGUCAAAGGAAGGGACUGUGGCUUCACCCAGCCAGCCAGGACAGCCUACAGAGAGGGGGUAGUCCCAGUCAAGUCACAAAAUAUAGGCUUGGUUCUUCCUACAGUUUGAAGUCAAUGAUUGGACAGGCCAGACAGCUUAGUGGCAGAGCUGCAGGUGGCCCUCGUCAGCUUCCUGGUGGCACAGGUGUAGGAUGGCUGGGAGCAGUGGAGGUGCCUGAUGGGGCAGCUGUGCCGGGCAGAGGGGCUGCUACUGCUGCUGCGGAGAGCCACACUUGUAUGGUGGUAACACGGAGAGGAAGUGGAAGAAACCUUGGGACGCUCCCAUAACUCAGGAGCAAGAAUUACACCUUACUGGAACCUUGUGACUGACAGGUGGUGGUGACUGCAGGAACCAAUUCAGGUGAACAUUGUGUUUUGUUGCUACACUUGAGAAUCCUCUAUCCUAAAUAAAAAAUUGGCAAACUUUUUUUUAUUUUCUGGCCAAUCCUGUUUACCUUGAGGGCAUGACCUGUACUCUGCCAGAAACUUUAUUCCCUGGCCAAUUAUUAUUAUUAUUUUUUUUUUAUAUUACCUUGAGGGCAUGACCUGUACUCUCAGAAAGAUUGCCUGAAACUUUAUUUCCUGGCCAAUUAUUAUUAUUUUUUUUUAUAUUACCUUGAGGGCAUGACCUGUACUCUCUGAAAGGUUGGCAAACAAAGAUACUAUUGACAUGUCAUUAUGUUCAAGAUUGUACACAAGAUGGAAUACUGAAUGUUUAUUGUUUUACUGUGAAUGUUAAGUGAAUAAUAAAUACACAACAGGAUAAUAAA